UAAGUGAUAGAAUGACCCGAGUAGCACCUCGAGUAAUAUGCUACUCUAUAGCUGUCUCGUAGCUGUCCCGCUCAUUUAAAAACUCCAUCUUUGCUUUCAUUCACAGUCUCAAAUCUCCACCCCUCUCUCUCUCACCUGCUGUGCUAAGCAGUUGAUUGGUUGCUAAUCGGUGCUGCAAAAUUGGGGGAUUGAAGUAAUUCGAGUUGAGAUAAUUGUUCGCCGGUUGGAAGGGGACUUGCCGGCGGUGAGAUGAGCGCGUCUAGAUUUAUUAAGUGCGUGACCGUGGGCGACGGGGCUGUGGGUAAAACAUGUCUGCUCAUUUCUUACACUAGCAACACUUUUCCAACGGAUUAUGUCCCUACUGUUUUCGAUAAUUUCAGUGCCAAUGUCGUAGUGGAUGGUAGCACUGUUAAUCUGGGAUUGUGGGAUACUGCAGGUCAAGAGGAUUACAAUAGAUUGAGACCGUUGAGCUACCGUGGGGCUGAUGUCUUUAUACUCGCCUUCUCUCUUAUUAGCAAGGCCAGUUACGAGAAUGUCUCCAAGAAGUGGAUACCUGAAUUAAGGCAUUAUGCUCCUGGAGUUCCAAUAAUCCUUGUGGGGACAAAGCUCGAUCUUCGAGAGGAUAAGCAGUUUUUCGUGGACCACCCCGGAGCAGUGCCCAUCACAACAGCACAGGGAGAUGACUUGAAGAAAUCGAUUGGAGCUGCUGCUUACAUUGAAUGCAGUGCUAAGACACAACAGAAUGUGAAGGCUGUCUUUGAUGCAGCGAUAAAGGUUGUUCUGCAGCCACCCAAGCAAAAGAAGAAAAAAAAGAGAAAGGGUCAAAAAGCAUGCAGCAUAUUAUAAUUGGCGAAGAGGAUUCGCAUCAAGUACUUGGCUGUUUCUCUUGUUUUAGAAGUGUACUACUCUACUCCUAAUCCUACUCCCCCUUGAAGAUGCAAUGACCUCAGCUUUAUAUUCUUGACUGACUGUAUUAGGGAGAUAUGUUGAAGCAUCAACUUAGUCGAUUUCACAUUCUUAGCUAUAGUUUUCACUGAUGUACGUUUGUGAUUGAGAUGUGUGGUAGUAUGAAAUAUUGCUCCAUUAGGCCUUAGAUUGAAGUAUUUGUGCAUAACUUAAAAUUUCUCCUAAGGCGGAUAGUAUGUUUUUAAUUUUUGUUA